AUGUUUACCUGCCCAAACAGGUGCAUGAGCAGGAGGUUUAUCUGCAUUAUGGGUGUGCUCUCCCACCUCUCCCUUCUCCCCUGUUUUCUUAAAAGUCUGUGGCUGACUGUUGAUGGCAGAUACGGCCAAAACCCGGUCGCGUUAACAAGCCUGAAGCUCCUCCCUGACCAACCGUACGAUAUAUCGGUUUCGUUGACGCUGCCUCUGACGCCGGAGAAUACAAAGAGGGGGAAUUUCAUGGUGCUGAUCCACUUGCUGGAUACGGACCUGACGGAGCACACACCUGCUGGGGGGGCGGGGAUGUAUAAUCCUGUUGUGUUGAUGGAUAAGACGACCGGGCAGACGGAUUUGGUGACGAGUCUCAGUUUGGGGCCGUUGAUGAAGUCCUCGACGGUGUUAUUGACAAGUGCGAGGCCGGCAAUUAUUCCUUAUACUGAUCCGUUGGUUUCCUUGGCGAAGAGGAUAUUGUUUUUGCCGUAUCACGUGUUGUUUACGCAACGGGCGGAUGCGACGAUGUUGGAGGUGAAGAUGGUGGAGGGGGUGGCUUUUGGGAGUGGGAGGGGUGACUCUUGGUUGAGAAAGGGACAGGGACAGGGGGAGAAGAUGCCAAGGAGUAUGGUGGUGGAGGUGCAGGCUGGGCAGGGAUUGGGGGUAUAUGAAUGCCGGGUCGAAAUUGUGGCCAGGUUGAGGGGAUUGAGGUGGGUGAUGUAUGAAUGGCGUAUCCUGUCGUUUUUUGGAAUCACGGGGCUCUUUUGGGCGGUAGAGAUGGGGUGUUUGGCGUUGGGGAUUCUGCUUCUCGGGGGUAUUCGUGGUAGCGAUCAACAAAAGCAGAUUGAAGACUGGGAACCGAGGCAGGAACCGACGCUGGAACAUAGUCUGAUUAAGGAGGAAGAUGAGAUGUCGGAUACGGAAAGAACAUUUCCUACUGGGACGGGAGAACCGCCGUUGAGGUAUGAGAGUUCGUCGGGGCUGGAGGGGAAGAUUAAGAAGGAGGAAGGCGAGGAGGGAUUGGACCUCUUAAUGACCAAAUUGCCAGAUUUUGGUGAACAGGGGGAUGAUGAGGAGGAUGGGGAGGGGAGCGAUUGGAAGGACUCGGGCAUUGGGACGAGUACGAAUUAUAGUGAUGCUGCAAAGGGGGAGGCAGGGCCGAGGAGGAGAAGGGUGAGUAAGUCAUAA